AUGGUGCAAGAACAGAGCAGCAGUCACCACCACCAUCCGCAGCUGCCUAGGCACGGCAGCGGCAACGGCAACGGCACGGCCACCGGCGUUGCGCGGGCGUCGAAGAAGAACAAGACCAAGAAGAUCCCGCAGCGCGGCCUCGGCGUCGCGCAGCUCGAGAAGCUCCGGAUCGAGGAACAGAAUAAGAUGGAGGGAGCCACCGCGUCGGGGACCACGCACGCCCUCAGCGGAGGCGGCGGCCUCGGCCACCUCCUCCCGCUGCACCCUCCGCCGCCGCGGCUCCCACCGAGCGCCCUCCCGAGGCCGGCCGCGGACGGCGGCGUGCACUGCGGCUUCCCGCCGGUGCUCUGGGACCCGGCGGACCCCAUGAAACACCCCUGCAAGAGAAGCCUGUGUCCGCCGCCUCCACUCCCAAUGGUGAGCACGGGCUUGUCGCUGACGGCAUCGUCGAGCUCGAGCCACCCAACGGAGCCCCCUUCAAACCAAAUGUACAGCAGCAGCGGUAGCAGGAGCGCGGCGCCGGCCGACGAGGACAGGGAGGCGGCCGGCGUGGAUAGGUCUUGGCCCUUCAUGUUCGACGGCAUGACGGCGGCGGCCUUCCGAACGACGGGCAAGGCCACUCCGGUGGUGCCUUUCGUCGGCAGGAGGACGAGAGAGGCCAGGUUUGCUGACGUUUGUCCUGACCUGAGUAGACACGAGUUCAGAGCAACUAAUUAUUUCAGUACGAAAGCAAUUUAUUCAGAUUGGGGAUCAGACUUUGCUCACUACAAGAGCAGCAAGGAGAAUGGCUGUGCCGGAGAGCCUGCCUUCUUCACCAUGAGCUCACAGCCUGCACCCCUCAUGAAGCAGUCUCAUGUGAUCCCAUCAAUACACCUCCCGGAGUACAACGAGUACGGUGUCAUGACGUCUCAGCAGGGGAGCAUCUCGGCGUCGGCGUCGCAGCCGUUCUACAGCUUCCUGCCGGCCGGUCCGGUGCGCUGCGAGAGAGUCCUGAGCGACUGCAAGGCCGACGUGUCUGACGGCGUCGACUUGGAACUGAAGCUAUGA